AUGGAAUUGCCAAAAGUUCGUGGGAUUUUACUGUCGGGAAAUGAAGUAUCAAAAGAAAUAAGAAACGAAUUAACCGUAAGAGUGGAAAAACUAAAAGAAAAAAUUCCUGGUUUUGUACCUGGAUUGGCUAUCGUGCAAGUGGGAGGACGAGAAGAUUCAAAUGUUUAUAUAAGAAUGAAGAUAAAAGCAGCUUUGGAAAUCGGUAUGAAACCUGAUCAUGUUAAAUUACCAAAAUCUACAACCGAAGGAGAAUUGUUAUCGGUUUUACAAAAACUCAACAACGAUCCAGGAAUUCAUGGUAUUAUAGUACAAAUGCCAUUGGAUUCCGAUAAUAAAAUUGAUUCUCAUUUAAUCACCGAUUAUGUUUUACCAUCGAAGGAUGUCGACGGUUUGAAUACGAUCAACGAAGGAAGGGUUUCCAUAGGAGACAUGUCGGGUUUUAUACCGUGCACGCCGAACGGUUGCAUCGAAUUGAUAAAAAGAUCUGGGGUUCCCAUGGCCGGAGCAAAUGCAGUCGUUUUGGGAAGGAGUAAAAUUGUCGGUACCCCUGCUUCAGAACUUUUAAAAUGGCAUAAUGCAACCGUGACCGUUUGCCAUUCGAGAACUAGAAACAUUGAUAAAAUAUGCGCCACGGCUGAUAUUUUAGUCGUCGGAAUUGGAAAACCGGAAUUUGUAAAAGGAAGUUGGAUAAAACCCGGUGCUGUCGUUGUUGAUUGUGGAAUCAAUGCUAUACCGGAUCCCACGAAAAAAACUGGACAAAGAUUAGUCGGUGAUGUUGAUUUUAACGAAGCUAAAGAAAUUGCAUCCUAUAUAACUCCCGUACCUGGCGGAGUUGGUCCCAUGACCGUAGCCAUGUUGAUGACGAAUACUGUCAUAUCGGCUGAAAGAGCUGUUGAUAAAAUAUUGAAUACGUCUUGGAAUCUCAGACCGUUAAGUUUAAAAUUAAAAGAACAAGUUCCGUCUGAUAUUGAAAUUUCAAGAGCACAAGAACCCAAAGAUAUUACACUAUUGGCAGAAGAAAUUGGAUUACAACCGAAUGAAGUUUUGCCAUACGGAUCGAAAAAAGCAAAAAUUAGUACGUCUGUUUUAAAUCGGUUACAAAAUCAAAAAUCAGGAAAAUUGGUAGUAGUUGCUGGUAUUACACCGACUCCUCUUGGCGAAGGUAAAAGCACGACAACUUUAGGAUUGGUGCAAGCUUUGGCGGCACACAAAGGUAAAAAUGCCAUCGCGACCAUAAGGCAACCAUCUCAAGGUCCUACGUUUGGAAUAAAAGGAGGAGCUGCUGGUGGAGGUUAUUCUCAAGUUAUACCAAUGGAAGAAAUGAAUUUACACUUGACCGGAGACAUCCAUGCCGUUACGGCAGCUAAUAAUCUUUUAGCUGCUCAAAUUGAUGCUCGUAUAUUUCAUGAAGCCACUCAAACAGACGAAGCAUUAUACAAUCGAUUGGUACCAUUGAUAAAAGGCCAUCGUAAGUUUUCAGAAGUUCAGCUACGGAGAUUGGCAAGACUUAAAAUUCAAAAAACAGAUCCAGACUCAUUGACACCGGAAGAAGUGAGCAAAUUCGUAAGGCUAAAUAUCGAUCCGACCACAAUUACCUGGCGUAGAGUCAUAGAUACGAAUGAUCGCUUUUUGAGAAAAAUCACAAUAGGACAGUCGGCGACAGAGAAGAAUAUGACUCGAGAAACUGGUUUUGAUAUUUCCGUUGCGAGUGAAGUAAUGGCGAUAUUGGCUUUGGCUAAAGAUUUAAAUGAUAUGAAGAAAAGAUUAGAAAAAAUAGUAAUUGGAAACGACAAAUUCGGAAACGAGGUUACAGCUGAUGAUUUAGGUGCAACAGGAGGUAUGGCAAUUCUGCUUAAGGAUGCGAUGGAUCCAAAUUUAAUGCAAAGCUUGGAAGGUACACCUGUGAUAAUUCAUGCGGGACCUUUUGCAAACAUUGCACACGGAUGUUCUUCAGUUAUAGCAGAUUUGAUUGCAUUAAAGCUGGUGGGACCCGAUGGAUUCGUUGUUACAGAAGCUGGUUUUGGAUCUGAUAUUGGCAUGGAAAAAUUUUUUGACAUUAAAUGCAGAUCAUCUGGACUAGUUCCAAAUGCUGUGGUUUUAGUUGCCACAGUAAGAGCGUUAAAAAUGCAUGGUGGAGGCCCAACGGUUACUUCCGGAGCCCCACUUAAAAAGGAAUACGUAGAAGAAAACUUGGAACUUCUCGAAAAGGGUCUCGUGAAUUUGAAAAGACACAUAGACAAUGCCAGAUUGUUCGGAGUGCCAGUCGUAGUUGCCAUUAAUUCAUUUGCAACGGAUACGGAAAAUGAAAUUGCUUUGGUGAAAAAUUUUUGUAUUCAAAAUGGAGCUUUCGAUGCCGUUAAAUGUUCUCAUUGGGCUUACGGAGGAGCUGGAGCCACAGAAUUGGCCGAUGCUGUACAAAAAGCUUGUUCUCAACCACCUAAUUUUCAUUUCUUGUACGACCUCAAUCUAUCAUUAGAAGAUAAAAUAAAUUGUAUUGCCAAAAAUGUGUAUGGUGCAGGUUCGGUAAAAAUGAGCCCAAAGGUCGUUGAAAAAUUAAAAGAAUACUCUAAAAAAGGAUACGGUGUGUUUCCCAUGUGCAUGGCAAAGACUGCUUUGUCCAUUACAGGAGAUCCAGCUAUAAAAGGAGCUCCCACUGGAUAUGUGUUGGAAAUAAACGAUGUUACGGCUUCGGUUGGAGCAGGUUUUAUAAUUCCCAUAGUCGGUGAAAUUUCUAAAAUGCCUGGAUUGCCCACAAGGCCGUGCAUUUACGAUAUGGAUUUAACUGAAGAUAAAGUUAUUCAUGGAUUAUUCUAG